UGAAUAUAUUAAGACUUUGAGUCGUUCAAACGUUUAGGUUCCUUUAUCUCUCUCUCUAUAAGGACACCCUCUCCUCCUUCUAAUGACACAAAUUAACAAACCGUGCUUAGCAAAUAGCCUUUACUAGACAAGCUCUCUUUUCCUCACCCUCUUUUCAUUCUCCAAAUCAAACCCAUGGGAAACUACGUUGAGGAUUGCGAUUAUGAUCAUCAUCUCACCGUGAAGAAAUGGGAGCCCGUUUUGGUCACACCGGUCGAAGAGACGAAUAAAGGCAUCUACUUCCUCUCCAACGUCGACGAGGACGAAACCCUCGUCCGUACCAUUUACUGUUAUCAGCAUAAGAAAACUAACGAUGAUCACGGUCCUUCGGAGGUGAUCAAGAAUGCUUUGAGCAAGGUUCUUGUCCACUACUACCCUCUCGCCGGCCGGCUGGUGACCACCGCCGACGAGGGGAGGCUCGCCGUGGAUUGCACCGGCGAGGGCGUGUUGUGCGUGGAGGCGGAAGCGAAUUGCACGUUGGGGAGCGUUGACUUCUCCAGGCCUGACGCGGAAACACGUGGCAAGUUGGUGUAUGAGAUUCCUGGUGUGAAGAGCAUAUUUCAAAUCCCUCCUCUCAUGAUCCAGGUGACCAAGUUCAAAUGUGGUGGAUUCGUGCUGGGAGUUUCGUUCAACCAUCUUACCGCAGAUGGACAGGCGGCCAUGGAAUUCAUCAACUCAUGGGCCGAAACAGCUCGAGGAUUGCCGCUCUCUGUUCAGCCUUUUCUCGACAGAACCAUCCUCAAAGCUCGAAACCCACUGAGAAUCGAGUACCACCAUGCCGAGUACGACAUGUUAGAAGACAAAUCGGCACCACCAAACAGCAAAGAAGUAACCAUCUACGACUACAUCUACAUCAACGAGAAAAUGAUCCAAAAGUUGAAGCGACAAAUCGCAGCUGAAAUACACGGGCCUAGUCCUCCUCCAGGUCCCGUAAGACUUUGCAGCUCCUACGUGGCCUUGUCUGCUUUUGCAUGGAGAGCUCGAGCCAAGGCCCAGAAGAUGGCAGCAGAUCAAGAGACCAGAAUCCUCCUUGUGGUGAACACGAGAGACAAGUUCACCCCACCAUUGCCAAAAGGGUAUUUUGGCAAUGCGGUCAAGUUCAUCAGUGCUGUAAGCUUGGCCGGUGACUUGGUCGACAAGCCACUUUCAUAUGCGGUCGGAAAAGUUCAAGAGGCGAUCAGGAGCGUCACAGACAGUCAGCUGAGAUCUGGGAUUGAUUACUAUGAGGUGCACAAGACCAAAAGACCGAUGGGUUGUACAAUGAUCUCGACAGCUUGGUCGCGGUUGGCUUUUGGCUCGACCGAUUUUGGCUGGGGCGAGCCGAUUAUGACUGGACCGGUCGAGUUGCCUGUGGAUGAGGUUAUCAUAUUUCUUGCUCAUCCCAAGGAGAAAGGCAGCUUGAAUGCGUAUGCUGGGUUGCCUACGUCUGCUAUGAGGAGUUUCCAAAAGUUGUGGCAAGAAAUAGUUUAAAAAUUGGAGAUAGGAAUAAUGAAACCGUCUCGUUAUGAAAUCACAUGUUGGAGUGAAAAAUGAUAUCUCUCCUUCCUUCUUUUGCUAAGUUUUUUUUUCCUGUCUUUUUUAAAUGUGUAUGGACUAUGGAGUCAUGUAUUUUGUUGUUCCUCCCAAAAGAUUAGCGCUUCAGUUAAAUUUUGGGAGUGUCAUGUAAAAUAUAUUACAAUUGAUUGC